UCUGUACAAGGUUCAAAUAUUUCCCCUGACAGUAAAGGUAUACGAGUCACUGCAGGAAAGCAGGAGACGCAAAACCCGAUUACGGAAUAUCUUCAGCAGAAAGAUACAUAGAUAUUACAAGACGAUGUUCGCAACUGACCCAGUGACGAUCCUUUUGUCUGUUGUUGUCAUCCUCUUCUUGGCCUAUGUAUACAACAAGAGACAAGACAAGUACAAGAAUUUCCCACCUGGACCCAAACCAUGGCCAAUUAUUGGAAAUAUGCUCAGUGUCGACAUGAAGAAACCUCAUAAGACCUUUAUAGAGUUGUCCAAAACAUACGGUCCAGUGAUAGGUAUCCAAAUGGGGAUGCAGAAGAUGGUUGCCCUUUGUGGAUAUGACGCUGUGAAAGAUGCUUUAAUCAACCAUGCUGAGGAGUUUUCUGACAGACCUAGGGCACCAAUACUUAGUAAAAUGCAAAGGGAAAAUGGCCUUGUCUUUACUAAUGGAGAGACCUGGAAGGUGAUGAGAAGAUUUGCUCUUUCCACACUACGGGAUUAUGGGAUGGGAAAGAGAACUAUAGAAGAUAAGAUUAGUGAGGAAGCUGAUUGCUUGGUACAGACUAUUAAGUCACAUGGAGGAAAGCCUUUUAACAAUCACACUAUCAUAAAUGCAGCUGUGGCCAACAUUAUUGUCUCCAUACUACUGAGCCGUCGAUUUGAGUAUGAGGACCCUACUAUACAGAGGCUCAUGAGAUUAGUUAAUGAGAAUGUAAGACUUCUGGGUUCCCCUAGAGUAAGGCUGUACAACAGCUUUCCAUUUCUGGUAGGUUUUCUGCCCGGAGGCCACAAGAAGAUGGAUGAAAACCGCCUACAGAUUCAGAACUUUAUAAGAGCAACAUUUACUAAGCAGAGAAAAGAACUGGAUGUAAAUGAUCAGAGAAACCUUGUUGAUACAUUUUUGGCCAAGCAGCAAGAGGGGAAGCCAGAAUCUACACUGUAUUUUCAUGAUGACAAUUUAACAGCCUUGGUGGCCAACUUGUUUGCGGCUGGAAUGGAGACGACAUCCACCACUUUGCGUUGGGGCCUUCUUCUAAUGAUGAAGUAUCCUAAUAUACAAAAGAAAGUGCAAGAGGAAAUUGAAAAAGUCAUUGGCACAGCUCAGCCUAGAUUAGAGCAUCGGAAACAAAUGCCGUACACUGAUGCCGUUGUUCAUGAGAUCUUGCGCUAUGGUGAUAUCGCACCAGGAAGCGUUCCACAUGCAACUUCACAAGAUGUCACAUUUAGAGGAUAUUUCAUACCAAAGGGAACCACAGUCAUCCCAGUGCUCUCCUCUGUUCUGAGGGAAAAGUCCUACUUUGAAAAACCUUACGAGUUCUACCCAGAGCAUUUUCUUGAUCCUAAAGGCAAUUUCAAGAAGGUUGAUGCGUUCAUUCCAUUUUCUAUUGGAAAAAGAAGCUGUGCUGGAGAAACUUUGGCUAAGAUGGAGCUGUUCCUCUUCUUUACAACACUGCUGCAACACUUCACCUUCCAGGCCCCUCCCGGGGCUGUGCUGGACCUCACUCCUGCACCGGGGGCCACAAACUCUCCAUUACCACAUGAAAUCUGUGCAAUCCCCAGAACAUAGAUUAUGUCUGCCUUGAAAUACAUAGUAAUUUAUAAAAAAUUGCAUCUUUUGUUGAAAUUUAAAAUAAUAAAAAGCUUUUCUGCUUAA